CCUUACCAAUUGGUGUACGGCAAAGCAUGCCAUUUGCCUGUAGAGCUAGAGCAUAGGGAUUUCUAGGCUACCGAACUAUUGAACAUGGACCCAACUUUAUGCGGAAAUGAAAGAAAGUUGCAGGUGCUGGAACUUGAGGAGUGGCGCCUUCAUGACUACGAGAACACCAAGAUUUACAAGGAAAAGACAAAGCGCCUGCUUGAUGCUAGACUCAAAGGGGGCAAGGACUUUCAACCUGGGGAGCAGGUGCUCUUGUACAACUCUAGGCUACGCCUAUUUCCUGGAAAGCUGAGAUCUAAAUGGUUGGGCCCAUAUGUGGUGACUCGAGUGUUCCCAUACGGGGUGGUGGAGAUUUCCCACCCGGAGCAAGGGGUAUUCAAAGUGAACGGACACGCCUCAAACACUACCUUGGGGGUGUGGUGAUGCCGAAAAAGAGGUUGUGCUCCUGCACGACGUUUAGUCCGAAGGCUCCGUUAAGCUUGAGACGUUAAACCAACGCUUAUUGGGAGGCAACCCAACGGAGGUUUGUGUUUAUUUUGAUGUCGACUAUUAUUAUAUGUAUAGGUGUCAAUUAGGCGGGUUUGGAUUGGGUUCAAUCGGGAUGUGGGUUAGUCGGGUUUCGGGUUCGUCGAGUUGUCGGUUCUUCGGUUAGGGUUCAAUCGGGUUCCGGGUUAAUCGGGUUACGAGUUCAUCGGAUUCGGGUUCAAUCGGGUUGCGGGCGGAUCGGGUUGAGGGUUGUUCGGGACAACGCAUUGAGUUACUUAGUCCUUACUCGCUACCAACUUACACAUCCUAUUACACUAAUUUAAAAUAUUUUUCACAAUUUUUAACCAACUUAUUUCUACCUCAUAUAUAUACUUAAUUAAAAAAAAACUAGCCAAAAUGUUGAAUUAAUUUGUAUGAUUUGC